AUGAACAAGGAGGAUUGGUCAAGCAUCUUUGAUGAAGAAAUCGCAAUUCUAAAUGAUAAAGGAGACACUUGGCAUCUGGAGUUUGAUGAAAGUAUUGAGCCGGAGAAACCAGACUCUCGCUGGAAGGAGUACAUCAGGAAAACAAGUGCAAGAUUCAGCUGCACCUCAUGUACAAGAACUUGGCCUUCAAACCAGGUCAUGGUGGUUUUCCACAUGCGCCUAAUGAGUAGGCAGGGCACUGUCAAGGUCAGGCCUUUACGUCAAAACUGCAAGAAAUGUAAAAGUGCACCGAUGUUGGAGCCAUUGGUCAAGCAAGACAACAUUCGUGUCCUGAUGGAGAACCUAGUGCAGAAAGUAAGAAGAAAUUGCUACAAAGAAGACAUUGAAGAGCUAAACAGGGCAUUCGAGCAGUUUCAUGUCAGGAGUGCCCAUGAGCCUGAUCAUUGUGAGGGAUGCAAAUUCAACGUCUGUGCCAAAGAAUGA